AGAGAGAGAGUGAGAGAGAGAGAGAGAGAGAGAGAGAGAGAGAGUGUGUGUGAGGCGAAAGAAGAUGGCGGCCGUGCCAAGCGGAGCUGCUGUUGCUGCGUCCGCCGCGGCCGCGAUUUCGCACUCGGCCCGAACGACCGCGGGCAUGGGCGCCCCGAACCGAGCACCACCCGGCUCUGGUCUCGAGCAUCAGAGUCGAGCCGGACAAACCGCGGCGUGUAUGGCUAACCCCGGGCACCCCGCAGUCGGCAGGCCGCCCCCAGCUCGAGUGGGCUACUACGAACUGGAGCGGACUAUCGGCAAGGGCAAUUUCGCCGUCGUCAAACUCGCCACGCACGUCAUCACCAAAGCCAAGGUGGCAAUUAAAAUCGUGGACAAGACGCAGCUGGAUGACGACAAUCUGAAGAAGAUCUUCAGGGAGGUGCAGAUCAUGAAGAUGCUGCGACAUCCGCACAUCAUUCGCCUCUAUCAGGUGAUGGAGACAGAGAGGAUGAUUUAUUUAGUAACAGAGUACGCCAGUGGUGGAGAGAUUUUUGAUCACCUGGUGGCUCACGGGCGCAUGGCGGAGAAAGACGCACGGCGAAAGUUUAAACAAAUCGUGGCAGCCGUCCACUUCUGUCACUGCAGAAACAUUGUCCACAGAGACCUGAAGGCUGAGAACCUGCUGCUGGACCACAACCUCAACAUCAAAAUCGCAGAUUUUGGCUUCAGUAAUCUGUUCUCUCGGGGACAGUUGUUGAAGACGUGGUGUGGAAGUCCUCCAUACGCUGCUCCAGAACUCUUCGAGGGCAAAGAAUAUGACGGUCCCAAAGUGGACAUUUGGAGCUUAGGUGUGGUGUUGUACGUGCUUGUGUGUGGCGCUCUCCCGUUUGACGGCAGCACCCUGCAGAACCUGCGUGCUCGUGUUCUCAGCGGCAAGUUCCGCAUCCCGUUCUUCAUGUCCACAGACUGCGAGUAUCUAAUCAGGCAUAUGUUAGUAUUGGAGCCAAGCCGCAGACUCACCAUGGAGCAGAUCUGCAAGAACAAGUGGAUGAGACAGGGAGACCCGGAUCCUGACUUUGACAGGCUGAUAGCCGAGUGUGAGCAGGUGAAGACCGAGAGGGAAACGGAGCUGAUUAACGAGCAGGUCCUGAUGGCCAUGUCAGACAUGGGACUGGACCGAGAGCGCACUUUACAGUCACUGCACACGGACGCGUACGAUCACUACAGCGCCAUCUACAGUCUGCUAUUGGACAGACUCAAGAGGCACAAAACCCUGCGUGUGGCUCCACCUGCCACCCCUCGCCCCAUCAGCUACCCCCUCAACGCUGUGCAGGUGCGCUCCAUGGAUCAAGCUAACGCUGUUAGCAUGACUGUGCCUCACGUCCAGCUCAUAAACCCGGAGAACCAGAUUGUGGAGCCUGACGGGACAAUGGCGUUGGACAGUGAUGAAGGGGAGGAGCCAAGUCCAGAAGCAAUGGCACGCUAUCUGUCGAUGAGACGCCACACUGUUGGUGUGCCGGACCCCAGGACUGAGAUGAUGCAGGAGGAGUUGAAAUUGCCACCAGGGUUUGUGCGCGCCCCUCCUCAGGCUCCAUUCCCCCAACUGCCCCCCACUAUCACACACACACCUACCUUCAUGCCCACCCAGAGCCUGCAGCCCACACAGCAGCUUGAGUACAAGGAGCAAUCCCUUCUUCAGCCCCCAACUUUGCAGUUGUUGAAUGGGAUGGGUCCGCUGGGUCGCAGGGCCUCGGAUGGAGGAGCGAACAUCCAGCUUCACGCACAGCAGAUGCUCAAGAGGCCACGUGGCCAGUCGCCGCUUGUCACCAGCCCUCAUCCUAUUCCAGCUGUUGCCCCUGUGGAUGAGGAGGGGUCAGAUGGAGAGCCAGACCCAGAGGCAGUGCAGAGGUACUUGGCGAACAGCUCCAAGCGACACACAACGCACAACGCAGCGAGCUCGAGCUACACCUCCACCGAGCUCUCGAACGACAUUCAGAGAGCACGCACAAGGGGCUGGACCCCCGAGCACUCACGGUCAUCAUAUAAAGACUGUAACACACUGCACUUACCAAUGGAGCGCUUCUCUCCUGUGCGACGCUUCUCCGAUGGAGCCGCAACGAUCCAGGCUUUUAAAGCCCAGCUAGAGAUUAAACAGCUCAAGCAGGAGUGUGAGCAGCUGCAGAAGAUGUACGCUGCACCACAGGACGAGAAACUACUGGAGCACACACAGCAACAGCAUGUCCUCUACCAGCAAGAACAACAGAUCCUACACCAGCAAAUACAGGCCCUUUCUUUGGGACACGGAGAAAACCAGCCCAGUCAUCUUACCCACCAGCUACAAAGGUUGCGUAUUCAACCCUCCAGCCCACCACCUACACAUCCCAGCAACCACCUCUUCAGCCCAGCCAAUCAGAGUCCACCACCAGGAAACCAAGGGAUGAUGCCAGGACAUGGUGGGCCCUUCCAGCACACCCCUGAUUUGUACCAAUCCUCCAGCGGCAGCCCGCCCCCUUCCGCCCUGCCCUGCAUGACCAUGGCCAGUCAGCCACCACCUCAGCAGCCCCCUGGCCCUACCCAUGCAGCCGUCGCAUUAGCUCAACAGCAGCCAGUGACCAUCCAGGUGCAGGAGGUGGAGCUUGGGGGUGGAGCCCAGAGGCAAAGUUUCCUAGCGACGCCGUGUCACAGAGUACUGGGGAAGCAGCUGAGUGCGGACAAUGCGGAAACACACAGCCGCAGUCUGGGCCGUUUCCACUGUUCAACAUCGGCGUACGAGCAUGCCCAGUUCAGCGCCCAUGUAGGAGCAGGCACCUACAACCCCUAUGCCCCGGCGGCAUCCCUGAAAGUGCCCGGCCUGGAUGGUUACCCUGGUUAUGGCAGCCCGUCGGCCCUGCAGCAGGCACUGCUGUCUCCGACACCUCUAGAGUACCGCGUGGCACAACAGCAACAACAACAGCACCAACACCAUGUCACACCAGUACUGCAGGGACUGCUCUCACCACGGCACUCACUAACGGGCCAUGCUGACCCACGUCUGACACCACAUGACCUCGCUAAUCUGCUCAAACGCUCCCGGCCUACUGGGCCUGCCAUGCCCACUAACAACAACAACAAUCCUCCACCACCUCCACCACCAGAGUAUACCGACAACCUGCUACUCAAUCAGGACUAUAGUGACAAUCUGCUGAUGCUGGAGCCUACCCAGCCUCCACCUGCGCCACAGGCUCCGCCCCCAACACACUACCAUCACCACCACUUGCUGCAGAUCCGGCCUCCGCCCUCAGAGUGCCAAGCUCCGCCUCUUGCUCACUCAGAAAGUAUGGAGGAGGAUGACGUUGCCGCCGCCUAUCAUGAUGGCCUGCUGGCUAAGGUCACCACCACGACAGCACAGAGAGUGGUGAUGGAGGCCGACCCCCGUCCUGUUCAGGGAGAUGCGUAUCGGCCCCGGGCCUCGCUGCAACGCCAUCAUACCAUCCAGACUGCCGAUGAUGCCUAUGAUCAGGCAGAAAUGUCUGGAAUGAGCCUCUUAGCUGGGAAGGCGCUAAGCUCUGCCCGCAUGUCUGACAUUCUUAGCCAGACGUCUCUGGCCGGAAGCCAGCAGCUGCACCAGAGGGAGGAGUCGGUGUGUAACGUGGAGGACGAGCUGCACUCGGCUGCGUGUUACCCCUCCUCCUGCACCAGCGACAUGCUGCUCACCUACAAACCCCAAGACCUUCAGUACAGCAUGGAGCAGGCCGGUGUCUAACACACUGGUAAUGUGAUGUGUUUGUGCAGUGUGUAUAAAGCUCCAUAUCCGUCUCCUGUGUUCAGCUGCGUCAUGCCAAACCUCCAUCGUGUGUGUCUGUGUGUGUGUGUAUGCGCAUGUGUGUAUGCGUGCAUGUGCGCACUCUCCAAGAAGAGGAUCGCUCAUCGUCUCGUUUUCCCCACCGAUUGGAUGAACCGGGUGACUCCCUCUGACCCCGCCCCUAAUCAUCCAUCUGCUCCUCCGGGUCUGCCCCUUCUGUCUUGUCGGCGUCGCCAUAGCGAGGCAUCUGCGCACAGUCUUAUGUAGACACAUCUGUAUAAAUAUAAACACACAUUUACACACACACACAAACACACACACGCACACACACAAACAGAUCACACGCAAAGCCACAAACCCAAAGUAUUUCACAAAAAGCCUGUCCUUUUGGUUGUUUUUUUGUUUGUUUUCUGAAGCGGGGUAGCGUCAGCGUUUCAUAACCUCCCCCCAUCCGCAGCGCUAAAAUGGAUCAUUCCAGAGCAGCACUGAUAGCAGCCCAGCGCAGAGCGGUCUACUCUGUUACACUGGCGGGGGUGGACGGGCCCGGAGACAUGGCACAGGACGACCAGCUCUCAUUCGUUUCGUCUCCUUGUUCUCUCUCUGUCUUUCUUCUUUUUCCUUCUUUCUUUUUUUUUAUGCAUUUUUACGGCUAAUGUUCACGUAGGAAUUAUGAUCAUUAUUAUUAAUUAUUAUUAUUAUUAUUCUUAUUGUUAUUGUUUUCUGUAAAAGAAGUUUUAUCGUUAUAAUAUUAUAAUGGCAAUUAUUAAUAUUAUUAAAAGAGAGGAAAAAAUCGGUGUUGCAAACAGAAAAAAAAAAAAAAAAAACACGAUCCUGCACUUUCAGUUUAAAGCGAGCUUUAUUUUCUUAACCUCUCCCUCCUUUUCACUCCUUCCCUGAAUCCAUUCAUUCCACACCUUUCUCUCCAUCUCUUUUCCUGGCUGUGGCAGCGCGGGGCAUCGCCAUUUCCUCUUCCUGUACAGUGACGCCAUGUAUAGAUCGCCAACGUUCCUGUAAGCUUUCUGUGUUCCUGUAACCAUGUAUGUUUUUAUAUAUUUCUUUUUUUUUCCGGAGAGACACUCGUUUAUCCCACAAGGCAGAGGAGAGUGUAAUUAUUUUUUAUGUUUUAAUUUUUGCUGCUUUUUAUUGUUUCUCUCGCGCUGCGCUGUCACGGCCACUAUUUUGUGUGUUUUUACGAGUGAUGCUAGCUCAUGCAUAUCACCACACGUUCGCAUUUGCAGUCCGGUCCUUCCCUUUGUAUGUCUGUCUCACACACACACACACACACACACACACACACACACACACGGGUUUGCAUCCAAAGUUACAGACUCUUGAACUAUAUGUAACCAGACAUCAAGAAAAGUAUUUCAACUGCACUAGGUUUGGAGUGCACACUUGGUCAGGGUGAGACCAGACGUGAAUGGAGUUGACUGAAUCCUCAGAGUUCACCUGUUUAAGCUUACUAGCAGCAUUUCACAUGCACUAGGAGGUGAGAUUUGAGACACAACCAUUGGCUAACAUUCACGAGUUCGUAAUGUGAUUAGUUGAGAAUUCAGCACUCGGCUAAUUACAAGGAAGAAGUGCACUAGAUAUGGAGAGCAGACUACAGAGAUUUAGGAAGCAACCAUUGGCAAAUGGACUUAUCGUGUGUGUGUGCGUGCGUGCACGUGUGCGGUGUUUUGUGCCUUGUGUCCACGCCCCAGGUGCAUGCUGGGUCAUCGUCGAUAAAGGCAGCAUCCUCAUCGUCUCUUUUCUCUCCUGUUCUUUCUCUUCCUCCCAGUCAUUUCAUUUUGUUCAUUUUUUUCUUAGUUUUAUUUUUUUGUCGUUUUUUUUUUGUUUUUAUUUUAAGUACAAAAAAUACUAAAGUGCAACAACAAAUGGUUAAAAAAGAAUUCCAAACAAACUGAGAGAAUAAUAAAUAUAUAUAAAUAAAUAAAUAAAUAAAAUCUGA